CUGCCUACCGAGAGGAGGAAGACGGCAACUGUUACCAAGAAACCUGGUUUUGGAAGGAGACGCUGUUGCCGAUUUGGAUGCACGGAUUGCAGAACACCAUACGCACCGUCCCUUGCCGCAGAGAAGACCACCGAAUCCACUCGACCCGACUCCACUCGACGGAACGAAACUCACACCCACCGCCACCCCGCUCGAACGAACGAACGCCAUGGCCUCCGCCCACUGCAGGUCCCACACGGACGCCUACCGGAACUGCCUGAAAGAGUGCCGGGACUCCGGAAGGUCCAAGACGGCCUCCAARACCUGCAAGCCGCUGGCGGUGCGGCUCGACGCCUGCCGGGAAGACUGGAGGAAGAAGCACACCGCGCCAAAAGUCCUUUUGCAGGGGCAAGCGCCACGAGCAAAGACAAAGAAGACAAGUACGACGACAAAGAAGAAACAGCACUACCACCCUUCCGGCUUUGACGGAACCCGCGUCCUCCCCCACCCGAGGUGCCGGCCCCUGAGCUGCGACGUCCAGAGGUGCAUCGAGUGGAGAAAGGGGGACCAGUCCCUGUGCUUGACCGAGAUCCAGAAACUAAAGGCCUGCAUGGAGGAAAACGAGGGAACCGUGGCCGCUCCCACCGAGGGGGACAGGGUCUGGAGCGUCUGAACCGAACCGGAACCGAAUCGAACCGAAUCGUUCCCAACCAAAAAGCAGGGAAAGACCCGGGCGGAGGCUUGGCCGGCCAAGGGAUUGGCAGGGAGCGGGGUGCCACACAACACAACACAACGCUCCGCCCCGCCAAUCACCAAUGACAACCUGCGACGAGAAAAAGAAAGGGAUCGAUCGAUCCUUUGGAUGGACCAAACAACCAGAACGACCAACAAAGAGCGGRUUCGGUUCGAUGCAUCUUUUCUAGCAUUCCUCCGCCGCUCGUCCCUUCCUUGGGUAUGRCAUCGAACAGGUGCCGGGAGGACAGAAUAGAUCAGGCGACAAGCAAACCRUCCAGCGGCACCGCACGCGCUCGAUUCUUUCGCUCCUCGGUGCCCUGCGCAGAAGUGGGGGCACCGUGGGCCGCAUCACAAGGUCACUAACUAUCUCUCGGCACCGUACCGUACCGUGCAAGAAUGGGUGUUCGGCAAGCAAGCGUAAAAAGACGCAACGGCACCACGAUACAAUAACAAACUAACGGACAG